AUGUCGCGUGCGAGGAGGUGUGAGAUUUUGAAGCUGUACGACUGUAUUAGCAUGGCGGACCUGCGGUCCAAGGAUUUGAUGACAGCGAAGAAGCCGGAGAAGAACCCGCGCUUCGCCCGGGAGAAUUCUUUGGUCACCUGCAGCAUCCAGCUGGCCCGGGCCACGACGGUGGACACCUUCAAGGGUGUUGCCCAGAUGGGCCGCUUCACGCUCCGAGACGAGGGCAGAACAAUCGCUAUCGGAAAGAUCACCGAGCUGCCAACCAAGGACCGAUGGCAAGUGAGCCUUGGGGCGCUGCUGGCACGUGCGGCAGGAUCCCAUCGCGCCACGACACCAACCUUGCCGCGGGCAGCAACCGAGCACUGUAGGACGCCCUCUGGAGGUACGGCGAGCUGGUCGUGGGGCGGCCCGUGUUCCCCCAGGCCGCGCACACGCGGGAAUUUUGAAGUUUCCUUUGGCCCCAGCGCGCGGAUCUUCUUCCGGCGCCCCUGUUGCCGCGGUCGGCCGAGGCCUGCCAUCGGCGUGUAA